GUGUGUGUGUAGGAGAGGAGUCGAGCAGAGAGAGCUGCUUUUUCAUGAAACGGGAGUAAAGUAGUGAACUUACAGGAACAUAUACCACUACCAACGUUUGGAUCGAUAUCUGCAUCGAUCUGCACACACUUUUCUCCUGGAUCGUAGCUGAGAUCAGCGUGAACCACGUGGGUCUCUGCUCCCUGAUCUGUUUCCUGUUUGGAAAGACUUCCAGCUUCAUCACGGAGUUUCUCUUGGUUUGUGGGCUAAUCUAAAGCUGAGUAACAGGAGUCUGGUGGAGCAGCAGAGGGACAAUUUUGGACUCAGCUCAGCCACUACAGAGGAAACAAUGACUUCAACACAAAAGGACCAACAUGGGGCAAGAAGUCAGCGCUCUCAGGAGGCCGACAAACCUCACAGAAGAAAGGGAAAGAAAACCUACAGAUGCGAUGAGUGUGGGAAGCAUUUUUCCCGGACUGACAGCCUAAAAACACACCAACUCAUCCACAGUGGAGUUAAACCUUACAGCUGUGAGUUGUGUGGAAAGUCUUUUACCCUGGCUCGAAUCUUAAAAAAACACCAAACCAUCCACAGUGAAGUUAAACCUUACAGCUGUGAUGAGUGUGGGAAGGAUUUUACCCAGGCUGGAAACUUAAAAACUCACCAACUCAUCCACAGUGGAGUUAAACCUUACAGCUGUGACUUGUGUGGAAAGUCUUUUACCCAGUCUGGAGGCUUAAAAACACACCAACUCAUCCACAGUGGAGUUAAACCUUACAGCUGUGACUUUUGUGGAAAGUCUUUUACCCGGGCUGGAAGCUUAAAAAUACACCAACUCAUCCACAGUGGAUUUAAACCGUAUAGCUGUGACUUGUGUGGAAACUCUUUUACCGAGGCAGGAUCCUUAAAAAACCACCAACUCAUCCACAGUGGAUUUAAACCUUACAGCUGUGAGAUGUGUGGAAGGUCUUUUAGCCGGGCUGGAUCCUUAAAAAGACACCAACUCUUCCACAGUGGAGUUAAAGCGUACAGCUGUGAUUUGUGUGGAAAGUCUUUUGCGCUGCCUGGAGGUUUAAAAACACACCAACUCUUCCACAGUGGAGUUAAAGCGUAUAGCUGUGAUUUGUGUGGAAAGUCUUUUACCGAGGCUGGAGGUUUAAAAAAACACCAACUCAUCCACAGUGGAGUUAAAGCGUAUAGCUGUGAUUUGUGUGGAAAGUCUUUUACCCAGGCUGGAGGUUUAAAAACACACAAACUCUUCCACAGUGGAUUUAAACCUUACAGCUGUGAGUUGUGUGGAAAGUCUUUUACCCAGGCUGGAGGUUUAAAAACACACCAACUCUUCCACAGUGGAUAUAAAGCGUACAGCUGUGAGUUGUGUGGUAAAGCUUUUGCUCAAAGUAGAAAGUUACAAAGGCACUUAGUUACCCACUCUGGAAUUAAGGCGUACAGCUGCGACUUUUGUGGAAAAAGUUUCAGUGACAAACACUACCGAAAUAUUCACCUACGGAUUCACACUGGAAAUGAUGUUUACUGCUGUGAUCAGUGUGGGAAACUGUUUACAACAAAUGCACAGUUAAAAAUACACAUGUUUAGCCACACUGAGGAGAGACCUUAUAAAUGUGACCUGUGUGAGAAGACUUUUAAAUCUCCAUAUCACCUGAAUAUCCACCAACAGAUCCACACCAGAAAAUAACUCUACAAGUGCAGUUACUGUGAGAAGCAGAGCGACGCGGAUGGAUCCAGUUCUCAACCCUGUCGUCACUGUGGUGGUGGGAAAGUUUCUCUGUGACCUUUGUGAAAAAACUUCAAUCAUCAACAGCACCUAAAACCACAUCAACAUAGACACACUGGAGACAAAAUGAACUAAUGUAAAGAAUGUGGGAGAGGCUUCCACACACCAAGUACAUUAAAAAUACAUGAACUCUUCCACAGUGGGGUCAAAAAGCACAUCUGUGACUAGUGUGGGACACCAUACAAGUGCAGACACUAUGACAAAAGCUUCUCACAAUCAGGUCAUCGUAACAAACAUGAACGUACACACAUGGAAGUGAACUUCAGCUCUGACCAGUGUGACAAGAGCUUCAGGAAUCUCAGUUCAUACUCCGAACACAAACGAUCCCACACUGUAAAUAAACUGUUUCACUGUUACCAAUGUGCAAAAACAUUCACUUCAUUAUCUGCUUUGUGCAAACAUCAGCCUGAUCAUGCAGGACUGAAAUCACUGGAUCACAAUGAAUCUGAAGAGAGAGAAAGAUCCUCUUCUGGUUUCAGGGUCAGACUUAAAAACCUUGAGAUCAGGCUCCACAGAGUUCAGAUGGAAUCUCCUGUAAAGAGUGUCAGCUGAUGUCACACUUGGAUCUGAUGAGGUAGCUCUGAUUUCUGGAGCUGCAGUGAAUAAUCCUUAAUGUUACAUUUAGGAAGCUGCAUGUAUAGAUAUGUAUAUCAAGUUUAUUUUUUUUUCCUUUUAGGGAUUUAAUUCUCUAAAAUGUAUCCCUGUUACAUUUUAUUCUUUGUUCACUUAGGACACAGUAGUGUUUAGUAGUUGUACUUGUUACUGUAUUAUUAAAGUUAUUGGAAUGUCUUUUUUUUACCAAACAGAUAAUGUAUGAAAAUGGCAGAUAUGGUUUUAUAUAUCAAUUUCUUUCAUUUGAACUUUCUUAGUGUUUCCAAAAUUAACUUCUUUUUUUAAUGUAUUCAUUUAAUGCGUUACCUCAGUUAAAUUUCAAUUCUACAUUCAUAUUUAAUCUUUUGCUGUUGUAAAUUGUGAGC